AUGGAGACUAAGGUGAAAGAUGAUGAUGAGAAAGUCGAUUCGAUGAAAGAAAUUGAAGGAGGAGAAGAAAAGGAGGAAGAAGACGAAGAUGUGAAUAAUGAAGGGAAAGAUGGAGGUGAAGAAGGAGAAGAAAUCGAAGAAGAAGGGGAUGGAGAUGGGAGAACACCCUCAUCGAUGGAUGAGAAUACGGGUGGAGACAGCAAUGACAGCAAUGAGAUUCCGUUGCCCGACUCAAUGGUGGCUGAAUGCGAGAUCUCAGAGACUCCAAUCACUGAUCAGAGCCCCGAUUCUCGAGCGGCGAUCGUCUUCGACCCAUCCAAUCGCACCUUUAAAGCCAUUAACAUUCGUGCACUGCCGGAAAAUUCCACCACUGGAGAAGAGAUUGAUAUCAAUGGCACAAUUUAUACAAUAAACGAGUUUUUCGAGACGUUUGAUGAGGCACAAAAGGCUUGCGAACAAAAAGUCGAGACUCUCAACUCGACAUCGAGUGGCCAACUUUUCUUCAAUGCCACGAGAAAUGGGGGCUCUUAUGAGGAAAGUUAUGAAGAUGAUGAAGUUGAAGCCACAGAGAUAAACGCCGAGUUGUUCAAUGCUGGCGAGCCAUCACCCGUUCCACAACAAGAGAAAGGACCAGAAAAUGAUCCAAUUGAAGCGAUCCGUUACCUCUUCGCCGUUUACUACAACGAGUUAUCCGAGGAUAUAACCAGAUUAAAUCGUCGUCAAGAAUCUCUAUGUACGAUGAUGGAAACUGUUUUGGGUGGCUCGUGGACCACUGGAUCGGUUGAUGAGCGGAGAGGAAUUGAUCCUCGAGAGCCUCGAGUGUUGCGACGUUUGGGAGCAAAGAAUUUUUUCCGUCUUCAACCAGCGAUGAGACCUUCAACAAAUCCAAUGACAGACGAGUACAGGGAUCUCCUCCUUCCCGAACCUGAGACUUCAUCUCAAUCGAAUGCACGAAGGAGUUGUACAUUGCCGGAGAAUCGAGAGAAAUUCCGAAGGCAGCGUUAUGAUGAUGAUGGGGAAAACUCAGAGGAAAGCGCAAACUAUAAAGGGACUGCAAAAGGAGGCCAUCCCGGUUAUCCAUACAUUUCGAAAGAAGACGAAGAGUUAUGUUUGACUCAAUCAUGCGGAGUGCCGGCAAAUUAUGCUCAACGGGUGGCAAGGAUUCUUUUCAAGGACAGUCUUCAAUUGUAUUUUAAGGAACAAGAUCCCCGAAAACGUCAUUGGAUCCACGAUAUGGUCGAUUUUCGAUUUCCUUCAGAGGAUAAACAAACUCAAAUGUACAAAUGGAAGAAUUGCUCGUGGGCAAUCAAUAAAAAUCGACAUGGAAAAGAGCCUCAAGCCUUUCAUCCUCGGAGAUCUACUUAUUUACCUGAUACCUCAAAUGCAAGUCCAUCAAACGCAAAUUUUGCUCAAUUGUCCUAUGACAAGCGGAAGGGUCAACAUUACAAAUCAUGGACAGGAAAAGAGGAAAUUUCUCACGUGAAGCCCGAUUUCCCUUAUGUGAGUGAAGAGAUUGAACAAGGAGCCUAUGAGAAAAGUCCUCACGAUCCAAUCAAAUACACUGAGAUCCUCGCUUUUCAACUCUUCCAUGACAGCCUCGACAAACUCUUUUCUGAACAGGAUGGAGCGAAAAAGGAAUGGCUUCGAGAUAUGGUUGAUUAUCGAUUUCCUUUGGACGAUAAAUUGAAAAGGGACACGAGGUGGAAGGUUUGCGGAGCCGCCGCCAAUCGCAAUCGCUUGAAACACGUUGUGAAUGGAGUAGUUUUGGCGUAUCCGUAUACAUCAAAGGAAUUCGAAGAGAAUUGUCUCCGAGCGGCUCGGGGAAAUCCGACAGUUUAUGCGGAAAUGAUGGGAAGAGGACUAUUUGCUGAAUCGAUUAAUGUAUCAUUUAAGGAUCAAGAUCCACGCAAACGAACGUGGCUUCACGACAUUUUGGAUCGCCGUUUCCCCACUCACGACAAAAUCAAGCAGAUUCAGAAAUGGAAGCUCUGCUCGUCGGCGAUCAACAAGAAUCGCUCGUUAACGAACGCUCAGCUAGAUGAAUACCGGAUCGCAGCCGCUAAAAGUUCCACUGCUCAUUCUGGCGCCUCAACCUCGAAGAAAGAAGAGAAAGAAACGAUCACAAAGCCAAAAGAAGAAAAAGAGCCACACACGCGGGCAAGGGACCCACCAAGGAAUCGAGAAGAGAUCGCGCCAACAGCGACCACAAGAACACAAGCUAGAUCAACUUCUCGUGGUGCCACAACAAGCACACUUCCUGUCACAGAAGAACCACCGCUGGUGAUAGUGAAACAUCCACGAUCGAGAGGAGUUGAAAAGGAGACACCAAAAGAAACUAAUGGAAUUCCGGGAACUCGUUCAAAUGAUUCAAUCAAAUUGAGAGCCGUCACAAAACGAUCGGCCGCGCCUGCAACGACCGACACACCGAUAGUGACAAAGAUGGCGAGGAGGAAAAAUUCUCUGCUCGUCGCUGACCCAACCAUCGCUUUCCCUUAUAAUGUCAACGAUGAUCAAGAAGAGGAAUUUUUCCAGAAAUCCGAUGGCUCCGCCUCGUCUUACGCAAAAACGGUGGCUCAAAUCCUUUUCAAGGACAAUCUGAAUGCCUAUUUCAAGGAACAAGAUGAAGAUCGCCGAAAUUGGCUUCGGAAACUCGUGGAUGCCCGUUUCCCAACUCCUCGAAAACGUGAUCAAGAAAUCAAAUGGAAGAAUUGUCAGCUCGCCAUUAACAAGAACCGGAGCAGU